ACUGGGUCUGUUUCUGUAAUUCUCUCGAGCAGUCGCGCUCAAGAACGGUUCUCCCUCCGAUCUCUUGGUUCGAUCACGAUCAUAGAAACUAGUUAGGGUUUGGGUCGGGAUUGGACCACUAGUUUCGCGUGAGGGCUACGAUUAGGAUUUGGGAUAAUUUUCUGGAUCUAUCUCAUUUCGCAGCGCAAAUCGUGGGGUUGCUCAAUCUAGGGUUUCUGUAUUUUCUGAUUUUGGUCGGGUUUCUUUGUUAGCAAUCAUGAACGAUCAGUCCCAGCGGAUGAACCUCUCGUACGCGAUGUGGCGAGCGCAGGCCCAGGCACCGGUACCCCUGGUGCUAGCCCCGGUGGUGGAGGAGCCGAUGGGGUUUCAAAAACCUCGACGGGUGUUUGGCCCGACGGGAGCCAAACCGAGAAGGAUGAACUGGAACAAACGGAAAAAACCUAAGGCCGGGACUGCCGCUGUUAUGGGAGCUUCGUUGGUAGAUCCCUGCGUUGUGUCAACCGCCGGCGUUUCUGGUUACAACCCGCCGAAUCUCAAAGAGUUACAGUACCAAAAUCGUGUAAAAGCUAGGCGUUUCUAUCCGAAGAAGAAAUUUAGUCGUUUCGUCCCCUUCGCCCCUCGAAACACCACAUCGUUCAUAAUCCGCGCUAAGCAAUCUGGCGGUAUUGCUUCUAUCGUUUCGCCUUAUGCUGUAACGCCUGCAAUCCUUCCCACGCCGAAAUUCUCUCCCUCAGGGGAAAGACUGGUCGACAUGGCCAAGGAAGAGUGGGGAGUGGAUGGGUAUGGCACUAUGAAAGGCUUGAUUCGCCUCCGCUCUCCAACUUCUGGUGUUGGUAAUGUCGGCAUCGUCGGAGCUGAAGAGGACGAAGAAGAUGAUGACGGACCAGGCGAUAGCGAUGUGGAAGAGCACGUGGAGGUAGAGAGAAGGCUGGACCAUGACUUGAGCCGAUUCGAGAUAGUGUAUCCGAGCCAUGGAGAGGAUCACGGAGUGGCCACCACCACCACAACUUACCUUCUGGAAAACAGAGUGGAAUAUCAGGAUAUCCAUAUAGCUCAACUGGAAGAAGAGAAUCUAACUCUCAAAGAAAGGCUUUCCUUAAUGGAGCGAAAUAUGGAAGAGCUGAAAGUGAAACUUCAGAUGCUGGAGUCUGACUUCAGGCCACGCAAUGAAAACGAUAAUCACGACAGCAAUGCUCAUCAUGCCGAGGGGAUGAAUUUGAACAUAAGUGAGGAGAAUUCGGAGAACGACGGCGGCCAUUAUUCUUGCUCGGAGAAAAGCGCGGGAAAUUACGAGGAGAGCAGCGGCGAUCGAAUUCAGCGUCGAAGGUAGCUAACUGAACACGCCGUUCUUCUUCUACAUCUUUUUUCGCGUUUGACUCAUUUGAAAUACUUUUUUCUACUUCUCGUUCUUUUGUGAUUAGUCUUAGAAUUGUAGCCUGCAGCAGUGUUUUCUGAUUGUAAAUAGUUGUUAGCAUCCAGAAUAGUCUUAGCAUCUUCUUUUCUUCAUCGAAAUUCGGUUUCUGCUCCCACAAAGUUCUUAAAUUCUCAUUAAUGGAGUUCUCGAAAUCUACAGUUAUGGCUGUGGCAUUCCGGUUCUUGUGGGAUUAUACGGAAUCUGUCAUCUAUUAGGUUUUUUUUUUUCCUGAACAGUAAUGGCGACCUUGAAUGCUAUUUUUAUUGGUUUUUUUCUUUUUUUGUUCUUCAGCGUAUAAUUUUCCUGCGAUAAAUUUAAUGAAUGUUGG